AUCAUUCAUCACUCAAAAACUCUACCUUCUUUCUUGUUUGGUCAUUUUGGCAUUUCUCCAGAAAACAUUGUGCAUACACUUGAAUACUACCCAAAUUUGAAAAGUUCAGAGUCUUUCAAUCAAUUAUACAAAUUUUUCUUGAUAUUGAAUUAUGAGUACUUACUUUAAAAUGGAGAAGAAUACUAGCAUGAGUUUAUUGGAUCAAAAGCCAUUGAUUGUCAAUCAGCUAACCCAAGCUAAAGAUCUACUAAACCAAUUACAAUUUGGUGUUGACGUUACUUCUACUAGUGGAAAAUUGUUACUACCUGGAAUAUUAUCAUCCUUCGAAAGUUCUCUUUCAAUGUUGAGUGGGAUCAAAUCAGAAGCCGGAUUUCGAAUGACCGGAUUGAUGCAGACAGCUGAUUCGCCUCGUUCAGUUAGCAGAAGUCCUCGGUCUAACUCUAAUCUCAUUGGAAAUCCCUCCAAAAAGAGAAAAACAAUACCUAGUUGGACGGAACAAGUACGCGCUUGCGAACAGUCAGGACUCGAAGAACCUGUGUAUGAUGGUUUCAGUUGGAGAAAAUAUGGACACAAAGACAUUUAUGGAGCCAACCAUCCAAGAGGUUAUUACAGAUGUACUCAUAAAAAUUCUCAAGGAUGUCUAGCUACCAAGCAAGUUCAACGUACCGAUACAGACACAUCAAUCUUUAGUGUCAUGUACCUAGGAAGACAUACAUGUGUUCAAGCUUCGCUUCUGCAACCAGGGCAACCACAAAAAAAGCUUGAACAGCACGAUAAAAAACGAAAGAGAAAAUCACAAGAAACACUUAUCAAUUUUCAAACAGGUGGUCAUGUUAAUACAAAGGAUUACGAUACGACACAAGUAGUCCUAACGUCCCCUUCUUUCUCAUUUCCUUCAGCUUCAAUACCCAUUCCAUGUAAAGAGAAAGAAAGUGAAAGCAACAUUUGCUCUUCACAGCUGACUCCUGAUAAUCACUUCAUGAGUAGUCCUCUUUCAUCUCCUUCAACUUCAGGAUCCAAUUCCCUUUUUUCUCCAUAUAGAGCGAAUAUUGAAGGUGGACAGGAUUUACAAACUUCAGAUUGCGAUCUAUGUGAAUUCACAUCAGCAUUACCUUUGGCAUUGGAUUCUCCGGAACUUUAUUUGGAUUGGGACUGGGAUUCUUUUGAUGGCUUUUGCUUCUGAUUCUUCAUUUGAUAUACAGUGUUUACAACUUGUGUUUAUUUAGCUGAAA